GGGAGGUGUGUUUAGGCGUGUUUCACACUGUCUGUGUUUGUAACGCGAAGCAAUCAUGUGAGUAUGCGCACAAUCUCCUCUGGACUGAGCCUGAGAGAGUGAAGAGACCUUCAGUUUGGAGCAGAAUCUGAAUGGACGCCAAACAACAGCACAGUUUAACGCAGUCGACAGGUUUAACGUGCGAACAAACCCAUGGGACUCACGGUUUCCGCGCUGGAAUCAAACCUGCUCGCUUUUCUGACCAUCAGAGCACGGGAAGUUUUACAGAGCCGCUGGAUGCACAGCAGCGCUGACUAGAGUUGGGCUUUUGGUUUCUUAUUAAACCUUUUCAAGCGAUCUCUAAAGUACUUUUAAAAAUAUUUGGGGGGAAUAUAUCUUGUAACUUUCAAGUGGAUGAAAAACCUUAAAGCCAUCGCCUUCACACACAUCAUCAGUCAAGUGCCUCAAAAAGGUGGGGUGUGUGUGAUGGUAUGUGAGUGUUUACCAUGGUACAGAAGAAACUCUGGCUUCUGAAUGUCACCGUCGCGGCUGCCCUCUCUUUACUGCGUCUUUCUCUGAGCGCUGAGUCGGUGGUCCGGGGAAGAGUCGGGGGUUUUGCUGAGCUGGGCUGCAGUCUGACACCUCCAUCAGAAGGGGCCACCACUCCCAAUCUGUUCCCCUUACAUGUGGUGGAGUGGGUCCGGCUGGGGUACAACGUCCCUAUCCUCAUCAAAUUCGGCAGCUACACCCCACGAGUGCAUCCCAACUACAGAGAUCGUGUGUCCCUGAGCCACGGAGCGUCUCUUCUGGUGGAUAAGUUGACUCUGGAGGAUGAGGGCUGGUUUGAGUGUCGCAUUCUCCUGCUGGAUAGAACCACAGAUGAGUUUCAGAACGGCACCUGGAACUUUCUGUCCAUCUCAGCUCCUCCGAUAUUCAUAAAGACUCCUCCCCCCUUUCUGGAGGUCAUGUUGGGUGAAUCUCUCACCCUCCGCUGUGAUGCUCAUGGAAACCCCAAACCCACCAUCAUCUGGAGAAAAGAUGGAAGUGAUGCUGAAAAACAAAAAGCAAUUCAGGUACUCAAUGAAACCUUGUCUUUAAGCAAGGUUACCAGGGAAACGACAGGAAUAUACAAGUGUCACGUAUCCAACUCAGAAGGGAACCUUACCCACACCACCCAGCUGCAGGUCAAAGGUCCUCCAAUUAUCAUCAUUCCCCCUGAGGACGCCACCAUGAACAUGUCCCAGGAUGCAAUUCUUCAAUGCCAAGCAGAAGCAUAUCCUUCUAACCUCACGUAUGAGUGGUGGAAACAAGGACAAAAUGUGUAUCACAUGGAAACUCUGAAAUCACGGGUGAAAAUACUAGUGGAUGGGACCCUCCUCAUUUCAGGUCUUAUCCCUGAGGACUCUGGGAAUUAUACCUGCACACCCACCAAUGGUCUAAUGACUCCGCCCUCUGCUUCUGCCUACCUCAAAGUUAAACAUCCAGCACGAGUAGUAAGAAUGCCCCGUGAGACUUAUCUGCCAAUGGGAAUGGGGGGAAAGAUCAUAUGCCCAGUUCAAGCCGAGCCCCCUGUGCUGUAUGUUAAUUGGACCAAAAAUGGAGCAUCCUUGGACCUGGAGCAGUAUCCAGGAUGGAUGGUCAACUCUGAGGGCUCAGUGUUCAUAACCGCAGCCAAUGAUGAUGCAGUGGGCAUGUACACCUGUACAGCCUAUAACAGUUACGGGACCAUGGGCCAAUCAGAACCUACCAAAGUUAUCCUUAAGGACCCCCCUUCAUUCCGCGUCUCACCUCGUGCCGAGUACCUACAAGAAGUAGGCAGGGAGCUGGUGAUACCCUGUCAGUCUCAGGGAGAUCCCACCCCUAACAUCACAUGGAAUAAGGUUGGUCCUGCCCCUCGCUCUCCAUUUACAGUCUUAUCCAAUGGCUCUCUGGUCCUGCGUCCACUCAGUAAAGACCAUCAGGGGGCAUGGGAGUGUCUUGCCUCCAACCGUGUGGCCACCGUCAGUGCUUCAACAACAAUUUUAGUGCUAGGCACAAGUCCCCAUGCUGUUACCUCCUUGUCUGUGGAUCCAGGGAUUACUCAGGCCAAUGUGUCCUGGGAGCCGGGCUUUGAUGGAGGAUACACACAGAAAUUUACUGUUUGGGUAAAGCCCACUGUGAGAGGCAAGCAUGAAUGGGCAUCAAUCCCUGUGCCAACAUCCAAAACCUCCCUGCUGGUAACGGGUCUUCAAGCUGUCACUAGUUACCAGUUCAGUGUUCUUUCUCAAAACAAGUUGGGCUCUGGCCCCUUCAGUGAGAUUGUCACCAUCAGGACACUGGCACCUCCAACAGAAGCUCCCACUAUGGUAACCACCAUUGCAGUGAUGUCCCCUCCCACCUUGCUGUCAGCCAAUCGUACAUCACUGGGUGUGUUGCUGCAAUGGGUGCCACCUCUAGAAGAGUCUCCACCAUUAACUUCAUUUGUACUUCAAGCAAAACGGGGAAAGGGGGAGUGGGUCACUAUAGACAGAGAGAUUGCUGUCAAUGUGACUGAAUUGAUUGUACAGGGACUUGCAAAGGACUCAAACUAUGAGCUGCGCCUUUUGUCUUGUAGAGACAAACAGGUCAGUGUGCCCAGUGACUCAGUUGUCAUCUCCACUGAAGGCAUGGAGAUGUAUCCAGCAGCACCCAGUCUCCUGGCCUUUGUUCCUGAGCCCCUUCUGGCUGGUGUGAUUGGGGGCGUGUGUUUCCUGUUUGUUGCCAUAAUCCUCUCUCUGGUGACAGCUUGUGUUAUGAACAGUAGAAGAAGACAACGGCGAAGGAAAAAGAGAGAUGAUAUCCCCUCUGCCAUCCAGAAGAGUUCGUCUCCACAAGCUCACUCACCUUCUGACAGUCCCAACAGUGUGCUGAAGUUAAAGCUAUGCCCUCCCUUAAACUUCUUCCCCAACUCAUCCUCUUCCGAUCGUUCAGACCGUUCCUCUUUUGAUAAAGGCAGCCGCAGUGAGUACCAGGAUCAGAGAAAGCAGCUUCUGUCCUCAUCCUCUCCACCUCCACACUACACCCAGUUCGAGAGCCACUUUGGGGGAUCUCCAUCACCCACAUCUGCUAUUGAAUCCAUAUCAAGAAGUCCUGAUGGGCGCUUCGUUAUCCAACCAGACAUAGAAAACUCCACACCAACCCACAUCAAAAAAAAACUCAAAAAGGAGCUCCCACAAUCCCCUGAUAGAGGCAGUUGUGGAGGGAGUAACAAUGGAUCAUUUAAAGAGCCCAACCAACCAAAUCCUGCAAGUUCAAAGAGGGAUAGACAGAGAAAGUUGCCCUCAGCAUUGACAGUGGACUCUCCGGAUCCAGAAAGACCUCCUCACUCACCUGGAAGGGUGAAGGCAAUGGCCAGAAACUUCUCCCGUCACGGCUGUUUCUACUCUGAUGAUGAGCAGGGUUGCUCUGAGGCAUUGUUGGAGAGGGCAAGCUUUUAUUCUGACUGCAGUGAAAAAAGAGCAAGUGACUCACUAAAAAAAUACCGGAGUGCCAGUCGUAGGGAUGACAUCUUUCCAAGCUUAACCAGGAGAGCCAAAGCUUUAGAGAGAGAGAGGCUGCCCCAUCAAGCACAUUACCAGCCCAUCAGUGGAGACAGCCAGCUGACAGAGCCCAGCACUAUGAUAACUCAACUGGAUGGUGAUAGAGAGCGGGACAACUUAGGCAAAUGUUUAAAGCUAGUGAAGGAACGUGAGCAAAUGGAGAGGCAGUUAGAACACUACACGUCCAGCAGAAGGGCACAGGCACAUGACCAAGAACAGAGGCGGGCCAAGUCUGCAAGUCCCUUAAGAAAAUGGACAGAUGUUGAAUCUGAAGACCCUAUUUGGAAACCCCAAGACAUCCAUUUACGGCAAAAAUCCCGACCCAGCAGCCUGGCCAAGCGUGUUUCGGACUAUAGAAGGGGCUGCUAUUUCGGCAACACCAGCAGUCCCAUGGAGAGACUUCCCUCUUUAUCUUCCACGUACAUUCAGUGGGACAUAAGCCCUGUGACGUCCCCCACCAGCCAGGUGCCUGUGCAGAGCCUGUCUGAAGGGAACACACCUCACACACUCUACCCUCAUACACAUCAACAAGGCAUUGCCAAUGUAGAAGAUUCAAUUGCACCAAAUGUUUCUCAUUCACCAGCCACACAAUAUACCUCUCUCUCACUUUUCUCUCCUACCAGGGAUAUACCCUCUCACAGUAGAACCAACCUCAGUGGGGCACGAGCUAGACACCCACAGAGUCACCUGGAAGAGGAGGAGGAGCUGACCAACAGUACUUUAGUUGGGGAAGGAUGGUUGCAAGAAAGAAAAAUUAAAAAAGAGGCUCUGGCAUUUAGAUCAACAACCCCUGCUCGCUUUAGUCCUCCACCAUCUGAGCUGCACCAUGUGGUGGCUGGAGAAGAUAGAGAUACUGGUCCUAACCUACAUUACUUUAAUCCCAGGAUUCAAAGUGUUACAGACAUGGAGGAAGUAAGGGCUGUUCAAAAAGACAGACUGAGUCGUAAUCCAUCAGGCUGCUCUACAUUGCCCUAUGAUCAUCAGAAAGUAAGAGCAAAGGGAAAAGUCAUAGUAAGUGAUGAUUCCAGUUCCAUGCCUUACAGCGAGCAAGAGAAAGAGGGAAUCAGGGCUCGAUCCAGAAAGAGUGACAAAUGUGCCUUCAGUGAAAGCCCCAGUCGGAUAUCUCCUCUGACCCUGUUGGAAAAUGAGGCAGAAAGUGAUCAGUCAAAUUUCUCAAGAAUGUCAGAAUCAAUUAAAUUUAAGCUUGCUCCUCAACCAGCCCGGAUGUCUCCACUGCAGACAAGCACUAUCCUGGAAUACCUGAGUCUUCCUGGUUUCAUUGAAAUGAGUGUAGAUGAUCCUGUAGAAGUAACUGAUUCUUCGGAAUCUGCUGAACCCACAGUCAAAGCAGAAACUGGGACACUGUUAAGAGAUGAGCCUGAUGUUGUACCCAAAAGUUGGGAAAAACAUGGUCAGGAACACUCUGAGACCAAUAUUAGUCCGCACAAUGGGGCUGUUCAUGACCACAGCACCCUAAACAUUCCUGUAGAACAUGAUCAACCUAGAAGCAUUCAAGUUUCUGAACCAUGUUCACAAUUAGAGGCAAGAGAUAAAUCAGGUACCUCAGACACAAGCAAUAAAGGUUUAUCACCAUCUAAACUAAAGGAAAAGAGUUCUCAGCCUUUGCUUUCUCAGAGUUCAGGGUCUCAAAAACAAGAAUCUAAUCAGCGUAACCCAACACAGACAUUAAUUAACACAGCUAAAAGCAUAGCAGCAAUAGUUUCCAAAUGUCCAGACUCUAUAUCUGAACUAUUUCAAAGACCUCAGACUCCGGGUGAAAGGACAAACAUGACAUCCUCAAGGAUCUAUCAGGCUCCAGUGCCUUUCAUGAAGAAAUCAGUCAGCAUCGGUCCCUGUAGGACCCUCUCUGAAGUCGGGCAACCACGUCCUUUCCUAAAAAAGUCCAUUAGUUUAGGUUCUAGAUGGGAACAUUUUGAAAAUCCAAGAGCUUAUAUCUCUGAGACCUGCUACAGAGAUGAAUUUCCCCAUCCAGAUAUAAGGCUCAAAUCAUACAGUUUGGUUCGUACUCCUGCACGUUGCUAUCCCAUGUCUGGCCCAUCAUGGCGAGGGACAGUGCCCUUUCAGCCUCCUAAGAACUAUAGUCUAGAGAGACGUCAGCAUAUUGAAAGAGCUGACAUGCAACCCCCCUAUCACACACCUGGUCCCUCAGUCCCAGAUCCACCACAACACAUAGAAUCAUCCCUUACUUCCAGGAGGGAAUCAGAUCCACGUCGACAGGGAACAGUUUUUCCAGAUUCCUCUAGGUGGCCUCGGUCUUAUCAGGAAACACUCAGUUCAGUUCAGCAUAAGUAUGUCCCACAAAACCCCUCUCGACAUUUUGGCCCUACCAGACCAGUGGCCAGGGUGGACUACAUGCAUCCUGCAGAACCCAGAAUGGGUCCGCCAAGGCCUUUCCUACCCAGAGGUUACAGCUGGCCCUCACCAUAUCAUACAUCCUUCCCAACGAGAGCAAGACUUUCUGAGACAGGUGGACAAAGGGAUGGGUGCAGUUAGGGGCUUCACAGAGACAGAAGGCCGGGAUAUAAGAGGUGAUGGGGGCAGAGCCAGUUACGCCAGCCAGAGCAGUGGAAGGGGUAGUGUGGGACCAUAUGGACAUGGGCAUCUACGCCAGUCUCUCUCUAUCACCCCAACCUUACUCAGCUCACCAGAGACCACCAAGGAGAGUGAGAUGCACAGGGCAGACAAAGACGUGAGAGAACAGAGGUCCAAAAG